CGGUUGUUGCGUGUGGGGCCUCGGCGCUCACAAGUCGUCGCCGUCGGGUGCUUGGCAAUUUAAUUUCUUCAUUAUAAUUUACAAAUCCCAAAAAUUCCAUCCCGCGUUGUGAGCAAGUGUCAGUGAAGUACCGAAUUAUCGGUACGGUGCAUUAAAUGUGUGUGAAUAAUGUCGAAUCCCGGCGGUAGCAGGAGGAACGGGGCGACAAAGAUACGCCUAACAAUUCUCUGCGCCAGGAAUCUAGCCAGAAAAGAUUUAUUCCGCUUGCCAGAUCCUUUUGCUAAAGUCACUGUCGACGGAUCUGGUCAGUGUCACAGCACUGACACCUGCAAAGCAACACUAGAUCCAAAGUGGAAUCAGCAUUAUGACUUAUACAUCGGAAAAAACGACGGUAUCACAAUAUCCGUGUGGAAUCACCGCAAAAUUCACAAAAAACAAGGGGGCGGUUUCCUGGGAUGUGUCAGAAUACUUUCAAAUACGAUACAGAGGCUUAAGGAUACUGGAUAUCAGCGUCUAGAUCUCUGCAAAGCACACACCGAUGACACAGACGUGAUCAAAGGUCAAAUUGUCGUCUCAUUGCUGUCUAGAGACGGUCACAAUGGGGCUGUUAGCAAUACCGUGGGUCACAAUGCUGUUGUCGAUGUACUUGGUGACCUGAGCUGUCCAACGGAUCUGCCUGAUGGAUGGGAAGAGAGGAGAACUGAGAGUGGAAGACUUUACUACGUAAAUCAUUACACGAGGACAACUCAGUGGAUUCGUCCCAACACUCGACCGACGACAGCAAUAAUUCCAACGACCCCAGAGCCACCAGUAGUUUCCUCGGAGCCCACAUCGCCAUCGAGCAGUGGCUCACCAUCUGGUCCAAACGAGAGUCCCCCUCGUCCACCAGACACCUGGAACGAUGGUACACCAAGCAGAACGCCGAGUCGUGACAAUUCGGGACAGAACACCCCACGGAAUACCCCAACUCAGACUCAAAACACCCGGAAUACGACUCCACCCUCGUCAGGCCGAGAUCGUCGACCUCGAGGUUCAGAGGACCAGAACGCGAAUCAGAAUGUAAACCAGGCAGCGAACAGAGGUAGUAGCCAGCCGAGACGCCCCAGCAGGCCAAACAGAACUCGAAACGAGAGGAGAAACGAGCCCCAGCCCUCAGAUCUACCCCGAGGCUACGAGAUGCGUCAGACUCAACAGGGACAGGUCUACUUCUAUCACGUACCAAGUGGUGCAUCAACGUGGCAUGAUCCCAGAAUUCCCCGCGAUCUCCCAGCCAACGAGUUGGCGAACGAGCUGGGGCCCCUACCCAGUGGCUGGGAGAUGCGUCAGACACCGAGUGGUCGAGUUUACUUCGUGGAUCACAACAAUCGUACAACGCAAUUCACUGAUCCUCGCCUGUCCACUCAGAUAAUUAACAACAUCCUGAAACGCCAGAGCAGCGGUCAGCCCCUGCCCCAGGGUACAAGCUCAACCCCUCGCGCUGAAAAUCCAGAGGUGGCACCCACCAAUGCCAACCAAAUUACCAACAGCAGAACAAUAACUAAUAAUAAUUCACCUACAGAGACGAAUAACACUCAGACAAUAUCAGAUCUACCAAAGGAGUUGAUGGAGAGUGAACUCCUCCCCAAGUACAAACGAGACCUCGUGGCGAAGCUUAAGUGCCUCAGGGCUGAGUUGAAUGCCCUCCAGCCACAGAGUGGCCACUGCCGUCUGGAGGUGUCGAGAAAUGAGAUAUUCGAGGAGUCUUAUCGUAUUAUCAUGAAGAUGAGGCCGAAGGACAUGAGGAAGAGGCUCAUGGUGAAAUUCAGGGGGGAGGAGGGAUUGGAUUAUGGUGGUGUUGCCAGGGAGUGGCUGUAUUUGCUGUCACACGAGAUGCUUAAUCCCCAGUAUGGACUAUUCCAGUACUCGAGGGAUGAUAAUUACACUCUGCAGAUCAAUCCAGACUCUGGAAUUAAUCCAGAGCAUCUAUCGUACUUUCAUUUUGCUGGGAGAAUAAUUGGAAUUGCUGUGUUCCACGGACACCACGUUGAUGGGGGUUUUACCACACCUUUUUACAAAAUGUUGUUGAAUAAAGGGAUUACGUUGAGUGAUAUCGAGGGAGUGGAUCCAGAACUCCACAGGAGUCUCACUUGGAUGCUGGAGAACAGUAUCGAUGGGGUGUUGGAUGCUGCAUUCUCGGUGGAGCACAGUAGCUUUGGGGUUUUGAGGAAUCACGAGCUCAAGCCUGGGGGUAAGGAUAUCACUGUCACUGAGGAAAACAAGAGGGAGUACGUGAGGUUGUACGUUAAUUAUCGAUUUAUGAGGGGAAUUGAGCAGCAGUUUCUCGCUCUGCAAAAGGGAUUUCACGAGCUCAUACCUCCUCAACUACUCAGGCCUUUUGAUGAGAGGGAACUCGAGCUCGUGAUUGGGGGACUCGGGACUAUUGAUAUUAAUGAUUGGAAGAUGCAUACCAGGCUAAAGCAUUGCACACCUGAUACACCUGUUGUCAAGUGGUUCUGGCAGAUUGUCGAGUCUUAUGGGGAGGAGAUGAGAGCCAGGCUAUUGCAAUUUGUCACUGGCAGCUCCAGGGUGCCACUCCAGGGAUUCAAGGCUCUUCAGGGAUCCACUGGAGCUGCUGGACCCAGAUUGUUCACUAUUCAUGCUGUUGAUGCACCUUGUGAGAAUCUACCCAAGGCUCACACUUGCUUCAAUAGGAUUGAUAUUCCACAGAGUUAUCCUUGCUAUCAGAAGAUGCUUGAUAAACUCACACAAGCUGUCGAGGAAACCUGUGGCUUCGCUGUCGAGUGAAUAGGGUAAAUCUCAAUGCAAAGAUUCAGAUAAGGAGUAAUCAGCGCUCACGAGUGCAAGAACUUGAUACAAGUUCAAUGCAGAAAUUUUGCAUUGAUUUUUGAAGAAGGAAAUGAGUAAAGCUCGGCCUAGUUGUCGUCCUUCGCUUCCUGACAUAUCCUUCCCACGCAGAAGGCGAUUACACUUGGCACACGUCAUGGUUAAAUAGUCACAGUCAAUUAAUACCAUAUCAUAAAUUCAUUAUCAAAGUUGCAAACCAAGACGAGUGAGAUUUUGAAUUUUUUUCAACUAUCAAUUUAUCCUGACAACCAUCGACUUGCGGCAGAACAUUGAAAAAUCUUUUUGUUGUUGUUUACAUUUUCUACAAUACAUGCCUCUUGGCAUUUUUUUGCCAUCGCUUGGUUUUCAAGAUAAUUGAAUAAUUGAGGAAAAUAUUAUGACUUGUCGAAUCUGGUCACUUUGUUGUGAGAUAAAAAAAAAUGAUAAUGAGAGUGAUUUUGGGCUGAAGAUGCUCAAGUCCAGCUGGCUCGUUCAGCUCGAUCACCUGAGAUUUUUAAAACGGCCUGGAGACUAAAUUUCAAUUGACUGACUGUUCACAUCACUAAAUUUUUUCUCUUGAAUUUGAAAUGGCAAUUCAAAUUCGGUGAUUAAUUUAUUGGUAGUUACGUUUGGGAAUGUGUCAUUUUCCCGAGUAUAUUAUAAAUAAUUUUUAGAGAUGAAUUAGGUUCUGAUGAUUAAUCAGUUGAUAACGCCCAUUUGCAUAUCAACUUAUUGACAAUUGAGUGCAAUGAGCCUUUAGGAGACGAAUAAAUGUAAAUAGUUGAUACGAAGCUCGAUGGAGAUGGAGGGACAAACGUUGUUGAAUGAUGAAAAAUUGAAUUUUUAAAAAAUUGAAUUUUUUUCCCUAGUGAAUAUUUAAUGAAUGUAGAAUUUAUUUAAAAAAUCGCAAGUAUUUGAAGGAUUGUAUUUAAGUGAUAAAUUAUGGAGGAUUGAGGGUGAGGCCUCGGGUCGUAACCCUUGCACGUAUGUGAAAUUAUUUAAUGAGUUUAUCAAUUUUAAUUAUCACGAGGCUAUGAAUCACUUAGACACCUCGAUUCAAUUAUUUUUCACUUGUAUCAUCAGUAGACCGAGUACUCAGUUGGUUUUUUGAAUUUUCUCUAUCGAAUUUUAGUCAGGAAUUUCUCAGUGUUGAAGCAGUAAAAAUAACAUAUCAUAUUGUUUGUUGAUUUAAUGAGCAACUGAUAUUUCAAAUUCAGGGAAGCGUCCAAUUGUCGAGAGUGCCUUUGAGAUAAUUGUUGAAUCAUAUCAGAGAAAUAAAUGAGAAGUAAAGUGAAAAAUUCUGGCGAUAACUGUUGAAAAAAAUAAAAUGGAACAAAUUGAUGGUUGAAAAAUUAUUGUAAAAAUGAAUCUGACAGUUGUGAAAUUUUACACACCACGAGUUGUUGAACAAUAAAAAUUGAUAAA